CCCGAGGCGCAGCCAGGGCAAGGCAGCGCCGCUCCCCGCCGCGCCGCUCCGCGCCGCUCCGCGCCGCUCCGCGCUCCCCGCCCGCGGCAUGGGGCCGCGCCCCGCCGCCCUGGCGCUGCUGGGUCUCGCCGUCGCCGCCGCCGCGGUGCCGCUGCAGUUGCCCGACGCCGGCCCGCAUGUUAACUACGGCUGGGGGGAACCGAUCCGGCUGCGGCACCUCUACACCGCCAGCAAGCACGGGCUCUUCAGCUGCUUCCUGCGGAUCGGAGGCGACGGCCGGGUGGAUGCCGCCGGUAGCCAGAGCCCCCAGAGUCUGCUGGAGAUCCGCGCAGUGGCCGUGCGCACCGUGGCCAUCAAGGGCGUGCGGAGCUCCCGCUACCUCUGCAUGGACGAGGCGGGGCGGCUGCACGGGCAGCUCAGGUAUUCCACUGAGGAUUGUUCCUUUGAAGAGGAGAUUCGUCCAGACGGCUACAAUGUAUAUAAAUCAAAAAAAUACGGAAUAUCAGUGUCUUUGAGUAGUGCCAAGCAAAGACAACAGUUCAAAGGGAAAGAUUUCCUUCCACUAUCUCACUUCUUACCUAUGAUCAACACUGUGCCUGUAGAGUCAACAGACUUUGGUGAAUAUGGUGAUUACAGCCAAGCCUUUGAACCAGAGGUGUACUCUUCACCCCUGGAAACGGACAGCAUGGACCCCUUUGGCAUCACCUCCAAGCUGUUGCCAGUGAAGAGCCCUAGCUUUCAGAAAUGACUCUGGUCACACACACAGGUGUUUUUAAAGAAAUAUUGCAGAAUACUGCUGGGUUUUUAGCUUUUCCUGUAGUGGUAUCUCCAACUUUUUUGUAUAUUUCAGUAUGGAGCCAGCCUUUUCCUUGCAAUGUGUGGUACCUGCAAGAGAUGAGUGCCCAGAGGCUAUUCUAUAGUCUAAAGAAUUGCCUAGCCAUAGUUUUAUCUGGAAAAGAAGGAAAAAAUAAGAAAAGCUUAGCAGCUUUAUCAGAGUCCCUCCAUUUCUGUGGUGAUGACAAAAUAGCUAGAGUUUUUCUACAUCAACUUCAAUACUACAUAUGUUCACCUGUUAUUUCUAUAGCUCAUAGGAGGAAAUCUUUUCCUCUUUGGAGGCAUUAAACACAAACAUAUGGAACAAGACAGGAUUAAGGAAAACCUAGCAAAUGCGGUUACUUGAACUAGAGCUAAUGCUAUUUCUUGAGAAGCUGCUGACAACAUGCUGGGAAAACUUUCUAUUGAAAGCAUACCACUGAAAAAAA